GGGGGAUUACAACUUGCACUCAUACGCGGUAACUACCUAAUUUAUCUCUCUAUAUAAACCCUAAAACACCUUCCUUGAAACACCACGAUUUCCUAUAAACAUUUCGAAAAAAGGAAAGAAAAUGGGUGUGAAAUGCGAAGGAGCAUUUGUUCUUAUUGUUAUUGCAUCGAUGUUUGCAGCGGGUGCAGCAAACAAGGAGUGGAGCAGCGUGGCCGGAAACUGGAACCACAGCCACAGCCAUCCAAAUGCAACUUCCAACAGGUUCAUAGUCGGUGGCUCCGAAAACUGGCAUUUCGGCUUCAACUACACUAAGUGGGCCAUCAACACCGCUCCCUUCUUCCUCAAUGACACCUUAGUGUUCAAGUACGACCCACCAAACGACACGACCUUCCCUCACAGUGUGUAUCUGCUGCCGGACUUCUGGAGUUUCAAAAACUGCGAUCUGAGAAGAGCGCGGAAGAUCGGAGAGGUGAGUGCAGGCGGCGGCGACGGCUUCGAGUUCGUGUUGAAGAGGUGGCAGCCCUACUAUUUCGCGUGCGGCGAACACGGCGGUGCCCACUGCAAAGAUGGCCUCAUGAAAUUCGCCGUCUGGCCCUUGAUCCGUUGGUUCUACUGAAUGCAGAUUAUAAACUCACCAAAUUAAUUAAUUAAUUAAUUAAUCAUAAUCUGAAUAAUAUAAGAUAAGAUAUUUGUUUGCAUGUGUGCCUGUGAUUUUGAUUGUUUUUCUUUUCCACAACAUCUUUUGUUACUCAUCUUGCUACGCUACGCACCGUGAAGCAAAAUUUGUAACAAAAGACUCCUUUUAUAUUGUUGUUGAAUUUGUAUUCUUGGCUUUCAAAUUUAUUAUUAAUGAAGUGAUGACGUUGUUUGGCUUUUUUA